AUGAGAAACGUGAGUGCAAGUCGUGUGGAGCAGUUUAUCUUGGUGGGUUUCCUUACCUCUCCACCCUUCCAGCAUCUCCUCUUUGUCUUCUUUUUUGCAAUUUAUCUCCUGACAUUGCUGGAGAAUGUGUUUAUUAUUACCACAGUCUGGCUCACCCCAAGCCUUCAUCGCCCGAUGUACUUCUUCCUUGGUCAUCUCUCCUUCCUGGAACUAUGGUACAUCAACGUGACCAUUCCGAGACUCCUGGGAGCCUUUCUGACCCAAGAUGGUCGAGUCUCUUACAUAGGUUGCAUGACCCAGCUCUAUUUCUUCAUUGCUUUAGCCUGCACUGAAUGUGUCCUGUUGGCAGUUAUGGCCUAUGACCGUUACCUGGCCAUCUGUGAACCACUCCGCUACCCAAGCUUCAUGCCUCCCAGCCUGGCCACUCGCCUUGCUGCUGCCUCUUGGGGCAGUGGUUUCUUCAGCUCCAUGAUGAAGUUGCUUUUCAUUUCCCGAUUGUCCUACUGUGGACCCAAUAUCAUCAACCACUUCUUCUGUGACAUUUCCCCACUGUUAAACCUUACAUGCUCUGACAAGGAACAAGCAGAGUUAGUGGACUUCCUGCUGGCGCUGGUGAUGAUUCUGCUCCCUCUCGUGGCUGUGGUUUCAUCAUAUGCUGCCAUCAUUGUAGCCAUCCUGAAGAUCCCUACUGCCCAAGGACGCCACAAAGCCUUCUCCACCUGCACCUCCCACCUGGCAGUGGUUGUAAUCUACUAUUCCUCCACUCUCUUCACCUACGCUAGGCCCCGGGCCAUGUAUACCUUCAACUACAACAAGGUCAUCUCUGUGCUCUACACUGUCAUUGUACCAUUCCUCAACCCAGCCAUCUACUGCUUGAGAAACAAAGAGGUAAAGGAUGCCUUCAAGAAGACCGUGUUGGGCAGGUGUCACCAUCCUAGAGAGGUACCAGAUUGAU